ACCUGUGACAACGGCAAAAUAAUAAUAAUAGCAAAAGGGAAGCCUUAGUAAUUUUUGACUGUCACCAUCCAGUUAACGAAAAUAGGAACAAAAUGGGCAUGUGCACGUCCUGCUGCGGCAAUAGCGCCGAAGAGGCAAAUCUAAUGCCAUCGCCGGAGGAGCGUCGCAGGCAGCAACUAGAUGCAGCUGAAAAGCGUCGACAGGAGAAUGAGACGCGAGGAGUAAAGAAUCUAGACAGCGUGCGUCGUCAGCAACAGCGAACUGCAGAAUUGGAGCGUAGGGAAGCAGAUGCAGCGCGUCAAGGAGGCAAUAGUCCUACUUUACGGUGGCAAACAAGUUAAGGGCAAGUUCUGGAAUUGCUUAAACUUCUCGGAGCUGCCUUCAGGGAUGGGUAAGGCCCAGUUUGUUGUCCUGUAUAU